GAAGCCUCGCUGCCCGCCAGAGAGGGCUUCUUUUUAGGAUUUGUUCCCGAACAAUGACGGAUCUCGUCACCUUUUCGCCUAGUUCCUACACUCAGAAGGCAAAAAAGCCUGUAGAAGCUGUGUUUUUGGGAGGAAAAUAAGACCAAAAAAAUGUGGUGCCAGGAGUAAAGAUGGCGUAGGACGAGUGGGCGCCAUUUUGAAAAAGGCACUUUCAAGGCCUCUUCCUCACAGGGAUGCUUUUCCAAGCCUCUUCCCACCUGGCUGGUGCUAGAUCUGCCCUAGGAGAGGCUCUGCUGCCCAGCCUGGGGGGUCUGCAGGCCUUGCGCGCCCGCCCGGACCCGUCUUUGCUGCGCAACCCGCGGGUUUUGCGCAACUUGCUGAUCCUAGAGCGACAGCAUCACUGCCGGGCCUCCGACUUCCAACGCUUGCAAGCCGAGAUCGAGCCCUGGAUGCGAGAGAGGCUGGCCUUCUGGAUGCUGGAGGUGUGUGAGGAGCAGAAGUGUGAGGAGGAGGUCUUCCCGUUGGCCAUGGACUACGUGGACCGCUUCCUCUCCUGCGCCCUCACGCCCAGAAACCGGCUGCAGCUUCUGGGGGCGGUCUGCCUGCUCCUGGCCUCCAAGCUACGAGAGACGGUGUCUUUGACGGUGGAGAAGCUCUGCAUUUACGCCGACAACUCCAUCACGCCGCGGCAGGUUCGGGACUGGGAAUAUGUAGUCCUAGAGAAACUCCGGUGGGACCUCAUCGCCGUGAUCCCAAACGACUACCUGGAUCACGUCCUCUAUCGGCUCCCGCUUUCCCAGGAGAAGGCAGACAUGGUCAAGAAAUAUGCGCAGACGUUCAUUGCAUUGUGCGCUACAGACUACACCUUCACCCUGUAUCCGCCUUCCCUGAUCGCGAUGGGCAGCAUCGCCCUGGCCGCCCUCAGCCUCUCCGUCCUGUCGGAUCUCCUUCCCGGCAAUGCGCUCACAGAACUGCUGGCUGGCAUCAUUGGCACAGACGUGGCCUCCUUGAAAGCUUGUCUGGACAGCAUUGAUGCUGCAGCUGUGGCCAAAAACCUGAAGCCAAACCCCUAUUCACAGCAAGAAUCUGGGGCCUCUUUUGCACUGCCAUAUAGUCCAGAUUAUUAAAGCAGAUAAUAAUCCACAUUAUCUGCUUUGAACUGGAUUGUAUGAGUCUCUACACGGCCAUACAAUCCAGUUCAAAACAGAUACUCUGGAUGUCAUAUGGCAGUGUACCAUCAAGCCAUUAUAUAUUAUUGGCAAUCCCAAUGUUCACACACACUAUAUAUAUAUAUAUAUAUAUAUAUAUCACUUUGAUGCCAUAUUAACUGUCCUUAUCUGCCUUGUGAAACUACAAACCCUGGAGUCUCAUAGGAAAUAGUGAUGGCAGUUAAAGAGGUAUCAAUGUGGUCUAUGUUGUGCACAUGAAUAAGUUCUGAAACUGUUAAUUUUACAUGGAUGUACAUCCCACGGAUGGAGUGAAUCUAGCAAAGUUUGCACCGUUUGCUGCGAAAGAAUAGCUUUAAAUGGUGAAGCAUUAUCGUAUUGAUGCAGAUCGUUUGAAUUGAAUGUUUCCUUUGCCUCGUAUUUGAAAAAUGUUCCUUGAUAUCAGAGAGUUUGAGAGACAUGGAAGUCCGUUUUUGAAAUAAAUAUGUUUUUUAUUAA